AUGGAGAGUUCGUGCUUUCAUGUAGUAUAUGCGAAAUUACGAAUCCGAAAUACGAGUUCCGCAUCUCUUGCCAUUUUUGAACCGUCAAUUGGCAAACCUGCAUAUUACUUUUCACGAGCCAUCUCGGGCCACAACCCUACUAAAGUCCGGUAUAGAAUAUUUGGUAGUGCGCUUACUUUUCCUUGUCUUUUUUUUUUUUUUUUUUGUUUCCUGCUCGCAGACCCGGCUCUGAACUGCAGUCGUAGGGAAACAGGACUGGUGAAAAUUUAG